AUGCGUCGACCAGAUAUCAAUACUACCCAGCUUCCGAAACAGCUGCGCGAUGAGCUGGGGCUUGGGGAUAGUCGUCACAGCGGCGGGUCGAACCGAGGAGGUCGAGGGAAGCCCUUUUCCAGGAAAGAAAGACGGAAAGCAGAACGGUCACAGAAGAAACAGCACCACCAGGAGCCGCGGAGACCGAUACAGCGACAUGCGCGAUCAGAAGUUGCCCAUGACCACAGUGCAGAGGAGUCCUCAGAGGAUGGCGCUGAAGAAGCGACACCAGUGAAACGAGAACCUAAACCCAUCCUGAAGAAACGGAAACGAAGCGACGAGACUCAGAAGCCGGCAGGGAAAGACGAAGAUGGAAAUACAUCACCUCCUCCGCCCGAGCGAAAAGUGUCACGCGCCGUCCGAGAAAAACUUCAAGAAGAUGACAUGGAAAUCGCCCGUCUGGAGAAAGCUUUAGGGCUCAAGGGGAAGAAGAAGCUCCCCAAAUCAUUCGAGGAAGACGGACUAGCGGAUAUACUGGGAGAUCUUGGAGGGUACGACUCCGAAGCUGACGUGAAAAAGCGUAAGAGAGACGGCGAUGAAUGGUUACAAAGUAAGAGGAGAAAGGCACAGGCACAGGCACAGGCGCAGGCGCAGGCCAACCUUGACGAGCAAUCCAAUGAGAGCAACGAAGAUUUUGAUAGCGAGGAAGAGGGAGACAUUACCGAUGGAGACGACGAAGAUUUAUUGGAGGAAUUAGAUGUCGAUGAAAGCAGCGAACAGGCAUCUGACGACGACGAAGAGGAGGAAGAGGAGGAAUUCGAGGGAUUCGAAGAUGAACCUCAACCCCCAAAGCGAAUAAAAGAAAACCCCUACGUUGCUCCUGUAGCUCCCUCCAGCAAAGAUCAGCCGAAGUAUAUACCCCCUUCCCUACGCGCUGCUGCGUCUACCGAAUCAGAGGCUCUUGUUCGCAUACGUCGUCAAAUUCAGGGCCAUCUCAAUAAAUUAUCCGAAGCCAACCUAAUAUCUAUACUCACCGAAUUUGAAAAAAUGUACCAAGACCAUCCGCGCAAAAACGUUACUUCAACUCUCAUCGAUCUCCUACUUGGCUUAAUAGCAGAUAGGAGCACUCUUAAUGAUACCUUUAUCAUCCUCCACGCAGCCUUCAUAGCCGCAGUGUACAAGGUGAUCGGAAUGGAUUUCGGAGCAGAACUUGUCCAGCGUGUUGUUGAGAAAUUUGAUGAGAUUUAUGAGGACAAGGAUGCUAGCGACCUUUCUAGGGGGAAGAUCAUGUCGAAUCUUAUAUCUUUGCUUUCUCAUUUAUAUAACUUUCACGUUAUCGGAAGCAGUCUAGCGUUUGAUUACAUUCGUCUCCUGUUAACAGAGAUUAAUGAAUUGAACACCGAGCUGCUUCUGAAGGUUAUUAAGAGUUCCGGUUCUCAACUGAGGCAAGACGAUCCCUCUGCACUAAAAGAUAUUGUAAUGCUAGUGCAGCCUGCAGUUGCACAAGUUGGAGAAGCAGCAUUGUCAGUGCGCACGAAGUUCAUGAUUGAGAUAAUCACUGAUCUUAAAAAUAAUCGUCUAAAAACCGGCAUCGCUGGAACCACCUUGGCUUCGGAGCAUAUCACCAAGAUGAGAAAAGUCCUAGGAACUUUGAAUAAUAGGACACUCAGGGCCAGUGAACCCCUGAGGAUCAGUCGCUCAGAUGUUCAUAAUGCCUCAAAAACGGGGAAAUGGUGGCUGGUCGGUGCGAGCUGGAAGGAUCCGUUGAAUGCUAAUGACCACAGCACUGAAGCUGGCACAGUCCGCGAUUCAGUUCCGGUAGAUACCGUAGACGUUGAUAUUGGGACAGGCGAGGUUGAUUUGGGCCAGCUUGCCAGAGCUCAUCGCAUGAACACCGAUGUUCGGAGAUCAGUAUUCGUCGCAAUCAUGUCUGCCACAGACUGUCGAGACGCCCACCUGCGGCUGACCAAGCUCCGACUAAAACGGAACCAGGAGACAGAAAUUCCUCGCGUGCUAAUGCAUUGUGCAACCGAGGAGGAAGCACACAACCCCUACUACACACUGAUUGCACGGAAAUUGUGCAGUGAAAAGAAAAUGAGGAUGGCGUUCAUGUUCUCUCUUUGGGACAUUUUUAAGAGAUUAGGAGAACGUGGCCAUCUAGACGAGGAAGACGACAACGACGAUGGCGGCUUCACUGGUGAUGACGACGAAAACGCACUCAGCACCCGGGCUAUAUUCAACCUAGCUAAAAUGUUCGCCACUUUAAUUGUGGAGGGAAGCUUGUCCCUGGGAAUCCUCAAGAUUCUUGACUUCCCGUAUCUGCAGCCAAAGACGAAGAUGUUUGUGGAAGUUUUAUUGAUAACCACGAUGGUUCAGUCGCAACAGAAAUCACACCGAAAGGCAAAGGAUUCUGAAAACAGCGAAGCUGGAUAUGACGAAAAGGCUUUGGUGAGCAUUUUCAUGAAAACCGCAGAGACUCCCCAGGUCGUCGCAGGCCUGAGGUACUUUAUCCGGAAAGUUAUUGCUAAAUCGGACGUGGUGUCGUCGAAACGGGAUAAGAAGCUGGUAAAAUGGGCGUCUAAAGCAGCCCUUGACACAUUGAGCAUCGUGGCCGAAGGAGGCUCUGCAACCUAG